AGCAUGGUGAACCGGACGGCGGAGCAGGGCCAGACAGGGCAGGCGAAGGCGGCACAGCGCGGUCCGCCGGGGCGGCGUUUCCCGCGGUGCUCUAGGCAUCUCUGUGGGCACCCGAGCCUGAGGCCCCAUGGGGCCUUGCGUCCCAGCCCGGCGCUGAUUGGCUGAUGGCCGCAUCCGGAAGGAAUCCGGAUGUGCCCGAUGCCGUGUUGGCAGUGUGCGCGCCGAGGUUUGGGCAGUCUUGGGGUGCCGGCAGCCGCGCGGAUGGCUCAGGAUUGGGCGGGCUUCUCUGAGGAGGAGCUGCGGAGACUGAAGCAGAAUAAAGAUCCAUUUGAACCUCAGCGCCGUCUCCCUGUGAAAAAAACUCGACAGCAACUUCAACGAGAAAAAGCCCUUCUAGAGCAAAGCAAAAAACUUGGUCUUCAAGAUGGAUCAAGCUCAUUACCUCCAGAGCAGCUGCUCUCUGCAUCAAAGCAGGGAUCUAACUCUCAGAAAUCACCUUCUUCUUCCCCGACUCCUCGUACACAUAUCUCUCCCACUGGCAAUGGAAAGCCACUGGGUAUUGAAAGUCAGCCAUGGGAACCAGGACUCAAGAAUUCCCAUGAUGGUCACAGAAAUGUUGAGGUUCUACCUCCAAAGCCAGAUUGCAAAUUGGAGAAAAAGAAAAUGGAAUUGUUAGCAAGAAAAAUCUCGUUGGGAAGUCCUCCAACAAGAACAGCGACUAAUGGAAGAGAAAAAUAAACGUAAGAAAGCCCUUUUGGCUCAAGCUAUUGCAGAGAGAUCUAAAAGAACUCAGGCAGAGACCAUCAAACUGAAGCGGAUCCAGAAGGAGUUACAGGCUUUAGAUGACAUGGUGUCAGCUGACAUUGGAAUCCUCAGGAACCGAAUUGAUCAGGCAAGCCUAGAAUAUUCUUAUGCACGGAAGCGGUUUGACAGGGCGGAGGCUGAGUACAUCACAGCAAAGCUGGAUCUACAGCGCAAGACUGAGACAAAAGAGCAACUCACUGAACACCUCUGCACGAUCAUACAACAGAAUGAGCUCCGAAAGGCCAAGAAGCUGGAGGAGCUGAUGCAGCAGCUGGACGUGCAGGCUGAUGAGGAGGCUUUGGAACUGGAGGUGGAAGUGGAAAGAUUGCUUUAUGAGCAGGAGGCAGAAGCAGGGAAGCAAGUGGUCCCUGGAGAAAGGUUGUGUCAGCCUGCUGGCGGGCGUGUCUCUUUAGGAUUUGCUGAAGAGAUCAAAAAGCCUCAAGAAAGACAAGCUUCUUCUCCAGAGGUAGACAGGCAGGGGGAGCAUUCCAGUAGUGCUCCUGUUACACUCAGCUGCCCAAAUCAAGGACCUAAGACCUUUUCAGCUGCUCUGGCCACAUGACAGGUGGUGUUACCUGGUCUCUGAUAAAGCUAAUUUAAAACUGAUUGUGUUUGAAUCCAUGAUUAGUUUUAGUAGGUUAACAUGUUUGAUCAUUCCAAAGUUCCAAAUUUGGUAAUUUUAUAUUUAGGGGGACAUUUCACCUUGAUUCUUCCAUGUUCCUUGAAUUCUUAUUAAUGCGUUAAUACAAGUAACUGAAAAGGUUGGAAGAGCCUGCAGCCCUGGGCUUCGUCUCCAGCACUACAGAAAGCAGAGUGGUAGAAGGAAAACUGCAUGGCUAGAGUGUUUUUAGCAGGUAAACACAGAAAAACAAAGUGAAAAAUAAUUUUCAGUACUUAAACUCAUUUAACUUGUGGGAGAAGUGUGAAGAAUGCAUGGUCUUACUUAUAUAAUCAUUGGAAAGACAGAAAUUACUGUGUAAAACAGACAAGAAGAGGAAAAAAAGGUUAAAUUCUCUGCGUGUUACUCAAGUUACUAAACACAACUUGAAAACUACAACUAAUAUAAGGAACUAGACAACUUAAUGCCACAUUAUUUUUGCCUUUAAGUGGUUUCUUGUUUAACCUGAAUUUUGGAUAGCUGAUGUACAUACACAAAUAAGCUGUAUGUUACUUUCACAGUAUUCUGCUUUCUGUAAUUGGUGAAUUGAUCAGUGAACUUCAGACAACAAAAGCAUUUCUAAAGUGAGGAUAAAAAUGAUAUAGAGAACUCACCUAUUGCCACUUUUGACUAUCAAACAAUGAUGUGCUUCCUUUCUGAAACUCUGUAAAAUAGAUAUUUUAUGUACUGGAUCUUAAUUAUCCCACUAUAAAGCAUUUAGAUUGUUAAAAUGCUCGUUAUUACUUUAAUAAUUUGUUCAUGAUACUUGAUCACUACAUUGUGCUUUAUGUGAAUGUAUAUAUAAAUAUUGUAGUUUUGUCACAAGAUCUACCAAUAUUAUCUUAAAUAUCUGUCAGAAAUUACAAAAUAUAAAAAAUACGUUUUUAGUCAAAACAAAAUGAAAUAAAGGAAAUGACAGUUAUAUCAGUAAUAGUUUAGAGAAAAAUUAGGGAUAUCCUAUUUUUAAAUUGGUUUCUUUGAAGAUUAUCUUCUGGUAAUAUGGAUGAGCUUUGUAGUUUUUUAUAACUUGAGUUGCAAGUAUAGCUUUCCAUUACUGGCUUCUCUAAACACAAGCAUGGUAGGUCAUGCUGCUUUUAUUUAUGUAUGACAUACAUACAAAUUGUAAGCUUCGUAUUGCACAAGACACUCUUAUUUUUCUAAGAAAUAAACAAGUCUGAUGUGUUUACAAUAUGGUCCUUCAUUUACCUUGAAAAAAAACUAGUUUCAAAGAGUUUAAUAUAUGUUCUUAAGCAGAGAGUGUUUGUCAGUAAUGCAUUUUGGAUGUUGUAAAUUCAAUUAACUACUUUUUAUGAGGUUCUGUUAAGAAAAUUCAUUAACAAACGAGGUCCUGUAAUAUUGCUUAAAUACAGGCUUGUACAGUCUUAAUUUUCAAAGUGCUUAGAAGGUCUAUAGAGAAAUGUAUAGAGAAAUGAGAAUCAUGAAAGAACUGUUCUACCCACCACACCGAGUACCGUUCUGCACCUCUGUUACAUUGUCUGCCUGACUCAGGCCAUGAAGUUCACUGCAUCUAUUUCCCUAAAAAUUUGCUUUAUAACUCCAUUUGGUGUGUGUGUGUGAAGUGACUUCAAUUAUGCUAUAAAAGGUCCUAACUCCAUA